AUGGAGACAAUUCUUUCGCCUGCGCAUUUAUGGCCUGGUGGGGUUCCGUCCACUGUUCGCCUGCACCCCGAUAGUCGUUUGGAUGAAUAUCAUCCAGAAGAAGAAAUCAAAGGAUGGUGCCAGUUUUUGAAGGAAUCGCGGACCCCUCUUUCUUACCCAGAGGAAGAUAUAGCCCAACGGCGGGAUCUUAUAGAAAAAUGGGCGUGUGCAGAUCAAAGCUUUCGUGAUUCUUUCCAUUUGACUGCGUCAUUCCCGGAGGAUUUGGAUACCAGCUUUAAUGGUAUAGACCAGUCUAAACUCUUCGUCUGCCUUGUCGAUAAGCCCUACGAUACUGAGAACUACACCCGCAUCACUAAGCUGCUGAUCCUACUCUACAUCCAUCUCGCGCGCACGUCCAAUCAUCCAUUAAGGUUCGACAAUACCUCUAAACCGCAGAUUCCGGCCUUUAUACUAGACCCUACUAUGGUUGACCAGUACAAGCGACUCCUUGUACCGGAGAACUUGCCUAUGAGCUACUACCUCGAAAAUGCCGACUUCAGCGCAAUGGCCAUGACCCGUACAGGCACUGUUAUCUUUCCGUAUCUUAUAUCAUAUGCAUUCUUUGUGAUUGAUAACCAGAGCUGUCAGGACGGGCUCGUCCGCAUGCUCAACUUCAGCUCUAACGGUCAAAUUAUGCAAGAGGCGCGGAUGCGCCCAUGGCAAAUCGGUCGUCUCACGAUGCUCCAUUCUUCCCUAGGCCAUCAAUGGGAUGAGCUUUUCGAUAGACCCGAAACUUCGCCCCGCUGGAAUCAACCGCGGAAACACGAUAACAGCAUCGAUCUACAACUACCCAUCUUGGAAAUUAUGGCGGUACUCAGUCAGCGUGGGGAUGUGCCGCCGCUUAAUGAUUAUACAUCGGCUGAGUGGACCGAGGACUUUGAGCGGUUUGCGCCGGAGUUCUUAGCCUAUGAGCGUGAGGGCCGGGUGUCAGAUUACGGCUGGGAUCGGCUCAUGGAUGUGACAUACGCUGAUUAUUCCCAUAUUCGCCAUGCUCGACAGCUUGCCGCAGCCUUGGGUCGGAGUAUGUAG